ACGGUUUUAUCUGUUAAGACUGGGGAGACAGAAAUGAGUCUAAUCUCUCCUCCACCUUCUUCUUCCUCAAGACCACACUUCACUGUCUUCUCUCCUCAAAACCCUAAUCACUCCAAACUCCAUUUCAUAUUUCCCAUUAAAAUUCUUCAUUCUUCUUCUCUAUAUCAUCCUCCCUUACCACCCUUACACUGCUUCCAUGACUCCACAACACCAGUCCUCCAAGAAAAAACGCAAUCAACUGAAUCGCCCAAUGAAAAAGAGAAAAAAAAUGAUCAAAAUGGAUUUUACGUAGAGAUCAGAGAUACGAAAGAGUCUUUGGAAGAAUUACUGGUCGUCCGGCGACCGGUAAUGGAGUUACCGACAAAAAAAGAAGAAGACGGUGAUGAAAGUAGUAAUGAGACUGAGGAUGUUGAAGAUAAGAUGGCUUCAACAUCUCUAAUUGAUGUCGGCCUCUCAAAAUUUGCGGAGAAGAUGCCCAUAUUUGAGCCGGCAAGGGUCGAAUCGAGCUCUACGGAGAAGCCACUUACCGUCAAUUUGGACUUGGCUCUAUAUAGAGCGAAGAUUUUGGCAAGGAAUUAUCGAUAUGAAGACGCAGAGAAGAUACUUCAGAAGUGUAUAUAUAAUUGGCCGGACGAUGGGCGGCCGUACGUGGCAUUGGGGAAGAUAUUAAGUAAGCAAUUGAAAACAAAUGAAGCCAGAGCUGUAUAUGAGAAAGGCUGCCAGGCAACACAAGGUGAAAAUCCCUAUAUUUGGCAGUGCUGGGCUGUUCUGGAAAAUAAGAUAGGAAAUAUAAGGAAAGCUAGGGAGUUGUUUGAUGCUGCCACAGUUGCUGAUAAGAGACAUAUUGCAGCUUGGCAUGGAUGGGCAGUUUUGGAACUUAAACAGGGAAACAUUAAGAAGGCUAGGAAUCUUCUUGGCAGAGGUCUCAAGUAUGGUGGUGGAAAUGAGUAUAUAUACCAAACACUUGCAAUGCUUGAAUCUAAUGCAAAUCGGUUUGAGCAAGCCCGAUAUUUAUUCAGGAAGGCUACUAAUUGUAAUCCAAAAAGUUGUGCCAGUUGGCUCGCAUGGGCACAGCUAGAGGUGCAGAGGGAAAACAACCGUGCUGCUAGGCAGCUUUUUGAGAAAGCAGUCCAGGCUAGUCCCAAGAAUAGGUUUGCAUGGCACGUAUGGGGAGUCUUUGAAGCAAAUUUGGGAAAUAUAGAUCAAGGGAGAAAACUUCUGAAGAUAGGCCAUGAACUGAAUCCAAGGGAUCCUGUUCUCCUUCAAUCUCUCGGUUUAUUGGAAUACAAAUAUUCAACAGCAAAUCUUGCUCGAUUGUUGUUCAGGAGAGCAUCUGAAUUGGAUCCGAGGCACCAACCAGUGUGGCUUGCUUGGGGGUGGAUGGAAUGGAAAGAAGGAAACAUAGACACGGCCAGGGAACUAUACCAAAGAGCAUUGUCGAUUAAUUCUACAAGUGAAAGUGCUGCACGCUGCCUUCAGGCUUGGGGCGUUUUGGAACAGAGAAUUGGCAAUCCAUCAUUAGCUCGGAGAUUGUUUAGAUCAUCACUGGACAUCAAUUCUCAGAGCUACGUAACAUGGAUGACAUGGGCGUCUUUGGAGGAAGAUCAGGGGAAUACAGUGCGUGCUGAGGAAAUCCGUAACCUCUAUUUUCAGCAGCGUACGGAGGUUGUUGAUGAUGCGUCAUGGGUUAUGGGGUUCUUGGACAUCAUUGAUCCAACUGUUGAUAGCAUAAAGAGACUAUUCAACUUUGAUCAGAAUUGGAAGUCCAAAGCAAAUGUUUCUUCCAGUAAAACACUACUAGGAGCAAAUGGCGGUGGCAUCAAAGAAGACUCAGCCGCAUCAAGUAAUCAGAGAGAAAGUGCAAGCGGAUUUGAUUUAGAUGCUUUUAUUCGCGAAAAACUGUCUCUGGACCCUUCAAAAAUUGAUAUUCAGUUGGGAACAUCUCAGAAGCAACUUUCGAUGAAAUUAAAAUCAUCAAGUCGCGUAUGGCGAGCAAACAACAGAACUGUUGCAACACCCACAAAAGGUUAAUGUUUGAUCAUUGCUGCUUAGAACAAUAACUCAAGACCAAUAAACUUGCAAUGUGCUUGUCCCAUGGUUCAUGGGGAGCGAUUAGUAAGCUCUGAGUUUCAUCCCACAGAUGUACAUGAAUCCAGACUAAAGAAUCCCCGUGCACAUUCUUCUGCAGGUUAGAAUUUGCACAUCUUCCCACUCAGCUACUCAAGGAUAUUUUCCUAUACGACCAGCAUGUAAAAACAUCUACAAAAAGUUAAAAUUUUCAUCUUUGUAGUGUACUUAUAUUGAAUAGACUCCUGACUUGGAGAAAAGUUUCUUAUUUCAGAAUGCCCCUCACAUUUGUAUGUUUUUGGGUGCUGACUUGUUCCAUACUAAUAUGUGUGUGUUUGUGUGUGUGUGUGUGU